AUAAUUUCAAUGAAAAUCCGCAACACCACAAGCACCGACCCUCUCUAUUUAUAAGUGUCAGACGCAGCCCCGUCUCCUCAACCUCAACGUCCUCCGCCCCCAACAGCACCGUCCACCGCAGCAGAACAAGAAACGCACAAGAAAUUAGAGAGAGAUGGAUCAUGGUAAUCAUGAUAUGCGAGGGAUGGGUCCAACCAUGAACAACACCAACACCACCGGAGGGAUGAUGAUGCACACCCACCACAGGAUGAUGAUGCAUAUGACCUUCUUCUGGGGCAACAAUGCUGAAAUUCUCUUCGAUGGCUGGCCUGGCACCAGACCUGGAAUGUAUGUUUUGGCCCUCAUAUUUGUUUUUUGCUUAGCUUUUAUUGGUGAGUGGCUCUCUCAUUGCCAAUUGAUGAAGCCGGGUUCAACCCAUAUAGCUUCCGGUUUAAUCCAGACUAUCUUGCACGCUGUAAGGAUUGGUUUGGCCUACCUGGUGAUGUUAGCUGUUAUGUCCUUCAAUGGUGGUGUGUUUUUGGUGGCUGUGGCAGGUCAUACUCUUGGGUUCUUGUUCUUUGGGAGUAGGGUUUUCAAGAAAUCGCCACCGUCUGAUAAAACCUCUGAUGCUCCUCUGAUGAGUUGCUGAAUGUUGUUCAAGGUAGAUGGUGGUCUGAUCCUUGGGCUAGGAUUUGCAGAUUCCUCGAUUACAGUUACACGGCUUAAAAAAAAAAAAAAUUAUAUGUAGCAUUUAAUAAGAAAAGUGUUGGAUUGAGGUGUAUCAUCUAUAUAACUAGCGAAAUUUCAUCAAAUUAGGCAUAAUUUUGUUAGUAGAUGAUUGUGUUCAUAGAUUUUAAUUUUACCCAAUUAGUUUAUUUUGAUCAAGAAUAUGAUAUUUGUGUGGGUAAUCAGAAUUGCAGAGACUAUUCAUUGUGCCAUUAUGUGUAUGGCUGGAAAAUUAAAUGGUUAAAGAUGCAGGCCGGAGAGAUUAUUUUUCCGAGGAAAAGAAGACAUAGACAGAACAGAGUAAUAAAUAGUCCAAGUCUGGAUAGGGAGGAUUCCGUUGGAAAUUAAUGCCCAUUGCUAAGGCUUUAUUUCUGUAGGGUGAACUCCCCAUUAAUUGACUUAAACUUUACAAUAACAUGAAAACCUUAAUUUUUCAAGAAGACCAAA